AUGGGAACCAUGUUUACUCCUGCGCUUUACAGGCAGAGACAUCAGUUUGUCAUCGAUUUUGUCAAGAAAAACCAACCCAGGAAGGUAAACUAUCGUCCAUUAACGGGCAAAGUGAUUAAUUAACGUUAAUUUGUUGCAUUUGACUCGCUAGCUUGAAACAGUUGAUAUGGCGGAGCUGAAUCUGACGUUAGCUUGCACUCCAACAAACAAACAUGGAUUUCUCCUCUUUGGGGAUUUGGUUAUUCGCCUGUUUAACAUCUAAGUAGACUCUUGUAAUUAAUCCAGCUUUAACAAUGGCUUCUCUCUCAGGUUGUGGACUUGGGGUGCGGUGAGUGCAGCUUGCUCAAAUACCUGAAGUUUCACCGUGAAGUGGAGCUGCUGGUCGGGGUGGACAUCAACGGUGCUAAACUGAAAAAACACAUGUGAGUUACUGCCAGGUGAAAGCCAUUCUGAGGAGCUUUUUUACUGACAGGACAGCAGGAUUUUAGAUUUUUGGUCAGAAAACAUGGUUUACACAUGCACAGGAGUGAAAAGAGUCAUCAGUUUGUCCAUUGGGUCACCAAAACCAGCACAAACUGAAAGUUCCUCCUGGUAGUAAGUUUUUAUCUUUGAUUAUUUGUUGAUUUGAUUGUCUGUAAUCCCCUUUUUUCACAAGGCACAAACACUCAAAUCAGCAUAUGACUUUUUCUGAGAAAAGCAUUGAUUUGCUAUCAGUUUAAAACUGAAAUAUCUUCAAUUUUCAUAUGCAUGGAAACUCCUACUAAAGAGUGAAAUUUAUUGUCAAUGUGAAGGAUGGUCUUGCCUUCGUACAAUGUAUAUUACAUUUAAAUUGAUAGUAAGGGUUAAGCCUUUUUAAUUUUUGAUUGCUCAAUCAGGGAUUUGUAAGAAACUCCCAGUCAGCUCCAACAGCCUCUCUUUUAUUUGCCUGGCAGAGAGGAAGUUAAAAUCAAUUGCUGUCAUCUCAACUAACCGUGAAAUGACAGAUAAUUAAUCCUCUCUGCAUGUCUCUUACAGGCAUGAUCUACGUCCUGUAUCAACCGAUUAUCUGCAGCCGACUUUUGAUCAGCUGCGCAUCGAGCUGUACCAGGGCUCAGUCACGCAGAAUGACACCCGCCUCCGAGGAUUUGAUCUGGUGACCAGUAUCGAGCUGUAAGUGACUUUCUCUGUGUCAGCUUUGAUUUGUCGUAUAUUGUGUCAUAGGUCAUAGAUUUUCUGUUUUUGUCUGCUGUUUAUAUGAAGUGCUUUAAAUAUUUGGAUGACUCUGUACUGUUAUAUCAGUGUGUUAACUCUCUGGCUCUUGUCCUGUAGAAUAGAGCACCUCACUCUCCCAGAUGUCCAGCGUUUCUCUGAGGUGGUCUUCGGUCACAUGGUCCCGGUGUCAGUUAUUGUCAGCACCCCAAACUCUGAGUUCAACCCCCUUUUUCCUGGACUGAAGGGCUUCAGGCACCAUGACCACAAGUUUGAGUGGACCAGAGCGGAGUUCCAGUCUUGGUACGCUUGUUUUAAUGACACAUUUCCAGACCUCUGAAUGAAGCGGACAGCGCAAAGCUGAGAUUGUUGAGUUUGUCUGCACCCAGGGCUCUAAAGGUAUCUGCGGAGUACGGUUAUGAAGUGGAGUUCACCGGUGUUGGAGAGGCACCAACAGGUCAGCAGGAAAGAGUCGGCUUCUGCUCUCAGAUUGCUGUGUUUCAGCGGCUCAAAGGGAGAGAUGACGGCAAUAUCUUGUUUGGAGAUGAUGCAGAGGAUGAGUUUUCAUACACACUGGUGAGUAAACUGGAGGUGGACUUUAAACACUCUUGGACUAAAAGUUCACAAAGAUAUUUUAUGCGGUGGGUUGGACAUAUUUCUGAUCAUGUGUUCAGCUUUCAUGACAGAAGAGUCACUUUUUUUUAAGUUGAGGUGGUAGGAAUACAAAAUCACAUGUCCUGAAGCGUGAUGUCCAAGAAAUUAUGAAUGUGUGAAAGCCAUUACUGCGUCACAUAGUUUGCUGCCCUCUGCUGGUGACCCUCAACACAGACUGUAUUAAACAUGGACUUGCCUCACUCUACGUUUGCAUGAUGCUUGAAAAAAAACAAAUUAUUGGCUUACUUAUUGAAUUUAUUAUUGAAUGCUUUAUUAAAGCCUCAUUGAAUUUCUCUUCUGUGGAGUGGACCGCUCUAAAAAUGUAAAAUGUUGACUACACAGACAUAACAAAACACAGCGAUAUCGUUAUAUUACCAAAUCUCAUCAAUAACUAAAAGCUAUUUACUGAUAUAAAAGCUUUUUUGUAUAAACACCACUAAAAAGAUGCUUCUUUAACAGAAUCCUGCCUACCCCACCUUUAAGUUUUAAAUGACUUGUAGAUAUUUUUCCUCCCGAUAACCUGAUAUUGAUGCCUUUUUUGUUCCUGUGUCAGCUGUACAGUAUCACCUACCCCAGCUUGCAUGACAACAACAUUUUGCGGAGGGUCCUGGUGGCUGAGGUGUUGGGCUGGACAGAAAAGCUGAAGAGUCGAUAUACGGAGAAGGGGAACGAGGAGAGAGAUAACAAUGAUACAACGUGCCAGACUGAGGGAGGCAGAGAUGAACGUCUCAGCUCUUCAGGUGACCAGAACGAGGACACUUGAACUGCUAGAGUCUCAGUGUCAAAUGCAUUAGCACAUUGAUCACACAGAGUCUUGCAUUUCUUUAUUUUGCAGCAUGUGGAGCAGAAACGAACUAUCUGAUGGAUCACCGUGACAGACGCACGGCAGAGAACCAGCGCGGACUGAAGUGUUGCCGACUUCAAAGGUGAGUUUGCUCGAGGAUGAUGAGGAGAAACGUUGUUGGAGUCAAAGAGUGGUCACUUGGAUCUGAAUACCGUCUCCUGUCUAAGAUUCUCACGUCACCUGUCUGUGCUGGUAGGGGUGUUUCUGUUCCUCUGGGUGUGCUGUGGACCUCCUGCCCCAAAGUCGGCGCCCUGAGUAAAAGUCUCAGUAAUCUCCGACAUGUACUGAUGGACGAGCCUGAAGUUACACUGAGCCCCGACGGUUUCUCUCUGCUUGUUAAUUUGCAAGAACAAGAACAAGGUACGGCUAAAACUCAGUCUCUUUCAUAGAAGUGUAGAUAAAUAUGCACAUUAGGAAUGCAUUAUUAGGCACACCUUUCAUAUAACGCACUCUGUAUCUACCAUUUUUUGAAUACUUAAAAUGUGAUUCUUUGAUUUUAGACCUCGAGGAUGAAGAGGACCAUGAAGGUCUGGAGGAUAGUGGUUAUACAGAGGCCAGCCAGUGUUCCCACAGUGCUGCACAAGAGGAAGACUGGGAGACAAAUAUGGGAGGAGGAGAAGAAGGCCUUUGUUUUGGGGACAAGUAG